AUGUCUAGACCUGUUGUUCUUGAAAAUGUUACCGGCGGAAGCGCAAAGGCUACUCACCUCUGUGUUUUAGUUCACGGCCUUUGGGGAAACCCAAGUCACAUGCGCAAUGUUGCUAAGGCUUUGCGUGACGAAUAUUCCGAAGACGAAUUAUAUAUCAUGCCUGCUGAGAAGAACCGCGGCAACUUCACAUACGAUGGCAUUGAGCUUGGUGGCGAGCGCGUGUGCGCAGAGAUCGAGGACAAGUUGCGCAGCAUUGAAGAGCAAGGAGGCAAGAUCACCAAGUUGAGUAUUGCAGGAUAUUCGCUCGGAGGUCUAGUUUCGCGAUAUGCGGUUGGUUUGCUUUAUGCGAAGGGAAUUCUCGAUGAUCUCGAAUGCAUGAACUUUACCACAUUUGCAUCCCCCCAUCUCGGAGUGAGAACACCACUUAAAGGAUGGCUCAACAACGUCUGGAACGUCCUCGGCGCCCGAACGCUAUCAAUGUCCGGCCGCCAACUUUUCACCAUCGAUAAAUUCCGCGACACCAACCGACCCCUUCUCGCAGUGCUCGCCGAUCCAGAUUCUAUCUUCAUGUCUGGUCUCAAGAAGUUUAAGCGCCGCACACUAUACACAAAUAUUGUCAACGAUCGAAGUGUUGUACACUACACAUCCGCCAUUACCAAACAUGAUCCUUAUACAGACCUUGAAAAGGUCAAUCUGAACUACCUUGAGGGAUACGAGGGUGUGAUUCUUGACCCUGACCAUCCUAUUGCGCUUCGACCGAAACUUCAUCAAGACACCCUAUUGACAGACUACGAAGCUCUCAAGAAGUGGGUCAAGAGCAUCCCAUUUAUGGUGACAGUCGGUGUUAUAAUUCCGAUCGGAGUUGUUGUCUUCCUCGCCAACUCUGCCGUCCAAACAGUCCGAAGUGCCAAUCGAAUCAAGGCGCAUGAGUCAGGAGAGGCUGGGUUGAAGAUCGAGCAGUACCGCAUGCCCCUACGGAUUAAGGAGAUCCGAGAAGAAGUCGAACAAGCUUACGAGGUCCUGAACAGCUCACAGAACCAGCAAUACCUGGCAGCGUCAGAUUCAGAAGAUUGUCUGACCUAUGAUGCUGAUCAUCGCAAGCUACUAAAAAAACGGCGCAGAAUAUCGACUUCAAGACAGCUAACGCUUGCGCUAAUCCCUGAUCAAUUCGAGAUGAUCGAGAACUUGGAUGCAGCUGGUUGGCGCAAGUUUCCUGUUCACAUUCAGAAGCAUCGACAUAGUCACGCGGCUAUUGUUGUGCGCAUGGAUAAAGAAAGCUUUGCGGAUGGUUGGGUUGUUUUGAAGCACUUUGCUGGAAGUGAGUUCCUCAUGUAA